AUGUCAGGACAAGACUCUGGAAUGGCGGCCAUGAUGGGAAAAGGCACCUCUGACUGCCUCCCGUUGUGGGCAAGUGCUGAUGGGCUCAUCAAAGGCAUAGGUAAACAGGUCCUUGAGAGCCGCAUUUUUGUAGCCCAGCCCCUCUGCAGCACUCCAAAACUCCCUGGCAAAUUCCCUCAAAUUAUUCCCCUCUUGCUGGAGGGAACUCAAGGCUUCCACUUGAAGCUGCUUGUCCCUAGUCCAUGUUCUGCUGCAACCACAAAGAAGUGCAGCUCCAUCUAUAAAGGGUUUGCCCAGUGUCUGCUUGCCCUAGGAGACAGUCUGUCUGUCAGCUCCCAAAAAGACGAGGAUACGCAGGAGAUCGACUCUAUUUGCAAAUCCUGGGAUGAUUUUCAUGACUGUGCAAAUGUGGCCAUGGCCGGCUGCCCUGAGGAGGCUGCUGUGGUGUGGGAGUCUCUGAGACAAGAGUCCAAAAAGAUGCAGUUUUCUGGAAACCUGUAUGAGAUGUGCUCCAGUCGUAGCCAAUCAGCAGCUGCCUCUGAUUCCCAAAGCCCCGAUGAGACCAAUCAGGAGUCGUUAAAGGGAUGCGCUAGUCAUACAAGCCUGACCUUUCUGACCUUCUGUUUGCCUGUACUACUACUGUUUCCAUGGAUAUAAUCGCAUCUCAAGACUCACCUCAGAGUUCAAAUAUUCAGCACAUAAGACAACGAUACUGACUGGUUUGGUUAUGACAUUUUCAUGUAGUAGAAUAAGAUUAAUUUUAUGCUUCAAAUCAAAUUUUUCAGAACAAAAAGAAUGAAGAAUUUCCACACAAAGGACACUUGUUUUCAACAAACACGUUUUCAGGUCCAAACGCUUGCUUCUAUUAUUUAUUUUUUGUUGAUUUAAAAUCUUCUUAAAAUAGCAAACUUCAUUUUAAGCACAAUCAAGGCACACAUUUCAUUCAUAGGAGGACCAAAAUGCACCUCAAACGACUCCAGGCCUGACAAGGACGAAUCAAAGAUGGCGAAAGACAAUUCUAAACAUUUGAACCCCUUCAUCUAAGAGGAAAUUAAAAGAAGGUCUACUGCAAUAGAUUAUCACAUUGGUGAGCUAUGAGUAUCAAAGCAAUGUAAAGAGCCCUCAAAAAUGUUAUUAUUUCACUCUGUAGUGUAAUCUUCUUUUGUAGGAUCCUGAGAGGAUUAAGUUUAAGGAUUACACCAAAUAAAAGUAAAUCUAAGCAACACGGCUCUGGGAACAGGCUUGUCAGACUUUGCAGUCUAUAGUCUGAAUGCCUUUGGGUGACGGUUUAAACCCAGUUUAUUAAUGACGGGUUCAUUGAUUCAGUUUAACGAACAGCACAACAUUAUGCUUCAAGGUGUUUUUGUACUAGUCUGAAUCAGUAUGGAACUGCUCUUCAUUU